AAAGAUGAUAGCAAUGUUUGCUUAUAGAGCAUUACAACCAUGUCUCGUCCUCUUCUGUACCUGCUACAGAGCCUUCUGCCAACAUUGUUGCCCGAUGUAAUCAAGGACUCAUGGAAGAAGAUAGUUUAGAGGAAAUUUGGAGCGAGGGUAGCUCUCCGCCACCAAAGAAACCAAAAUUUACUGAAAAGACCCAGGAAUUCUACAGUGCUGAAACGAGCUCAAGAACCACUGUUGGGGAACACUAUGAAACAAAGGGGUACUUGGUAGAUACCGAGGGGGCAGCAUAUUGCCCUGAAGUAGCAUAUAAGGAACCAGAAUCUGAGGAAGAAGCACUGAUCGAAAGGUGGUUUGACUCUGAUGUGAAGGAAGUCAAAGUACAGAAGCAGGAGAUAAGUGAACACAGGCAAGAGACAUCAAGAGAAUCCUUAUUCACACAAAAGCACAAAAUUGUGGAGGAAAAAGAAUUUGAGCAGGAGGAAGAAUUCAGGCAGACUAAGGAAUUUGACAUUUGGGGUGCUGAGUCACCACCUCUUAGGUCAAGAAGAGCCAUUCCAUUUGCUGACGAGAAGGAAGUGGGUCUUCCAAAGGCUCCGGAGGAGUCACCAGACGAGGGUCUGAUUGACCGAUGGUUUGUAUCCGAGAGCAAAACCACAAAGAAAGAAGAGAAGCAGACGUACGAAUCUGAAGAAAUAUUCACAACUAAAGAAAAGAGUAUCAAGCUAGAAAGUACAGAAGUAAAGGAAUCUCAGGAAUUUGACAUUUGGGGAGGUAGGGACACUUCUCCACCACUUAGAAUCAGUCAGGCUAAGCGACCUGGCGAAGAAGUUUCACCACCAGUUACACCACCAGAAGAAACCAAGCCUAAAGAAGCUGAGAUUGAUAUCUGGGGUGGCAGAGACACUUCUCCACCACUGAGAAUCAGUCAGGCUAAGAGACCAGGUGAGGAUAUUUCACCACCAGUUACACCACCAGAAGAAACCAAGGCUAAAGAAGCUGAGAUUGAUAUCUGGGGUGGCAGAGACACUUCUCCACCACUGAGAAUCAGUCAGGCUAAGAGACCAGGUGAGGAUAUUUCACCACCAGUUACACCACCAGAAGAAACCAAGGCUAAAGAAGCUGAGAUUGAUAUCUGGGGUGGCAGAGACACUUCUCCACCACUGAGAAUCAGUCAGGCUAAGAGACCAGGUGAGGAUAUUCCCCCACCUUACACCACCAGAAGAAAACCAAGGCUAAAGAAGCUGAGAUUGAUAUCUGGGGUGGCAGAGACACUUCUCCACCACUGAGAAUCAGUCAGGCUAAGAGCCCAGUUGAGGAUAU